AUCCUCCUUGGCAUCAUGGCCGCCCUUAGACCCCUUGUGAAACCCAAGAUCGUUAAAAAGAGAACCAAGAAGUUCAUCCGGCACAAGUCAGACCGAUAUGUCAAAAUUAAGCAUAACUGGCGGAAACCCAGAGGUAUUGACAACAGGGUUCGUAGAAGGUUCAAGGGCCAGAUCUUGAUGCCUAACAUUGGUUAUGGGAGCAACAAGAAAACAAAGCACAUGCUGCCCAGUGGCUUCCGGAAGUUCCUGGUCCACAAUGUCAAGGAGCUGGAAGUGCUGCUGAUGUGCAACAAAUCUUACUGUGCUGAGAUCGCUCACAAUGUUUCCUUCAAGAACUGCAAAGCCAUUGUGGAAAGAGCUGCCCCAGCUGGCCAUCAGAGUCACCAACCCCAAUGCCAGGCUGCACAGUGAAGAAAAUGAGUAGGC